UCAGGCUUGGUUAAGGGUUAGUGUUAGUGUUAGGUUGGGGUUUUUGUAUCAUGUGGAGGCACAGUGGGAUAAUGGUCAGCGGGGGAUUCAGACCUUGAGCUAAGGGGUGGGUUUGCUUGCCCUGCUGGCUUUUCUUCCUUCUGUGAUUUCUUCGUUUUCUUACCCAAAAUAAGGAAAGGGGGGCUCCCCGGGCCCCUCAUCUAGAUCCGCCACUGUCACUUGCCUUUUUUUGUUCCAUUUGGAAAUAAUGUAUGAAAAUAAAAACUCGUGAGACCGUAACUACUUCAAUUAGGCGAAAUCCAGUUUGAUACAGUCUGAGAGAGUUUCAAACCAUUUAUUUCGAGCUUGUAUGGUGUUUUGGGCUGAUGAUAUAAUAAACGAAUAAGAAUACAUUUGCGUCUGAAGAAUUCGGCUUUGCGGGUUAGAGAGAAAUUAGGUAAUUGAGGCACAGGAUUGCGUUAUUGCUAUUUACACACUGUCAACAAAAAAAUGGUUUCCGCUUAUGAGGCUUCAUUUUAGAGAAUCUUCGCCAGAUUCUAACACGAAAUUGUACCGCUUGCUUCUAAUUUCAUUCACUUCUCCCGCUUCCAGUUGUAACAGAAAGGAGUCGUUCUCUUAGGAGCGCGCCACAACACGCUUUCUAUAGUCUCAAGGGAUUAAGUUGUUUACCAGCUUUUUAUCAAAUUAUGCAAAAUGGAGGCUGGUGGUUCAGUUGGCUCAAAUCUAUCUCACCUUUUGAUGACUUUGGGAUCAGUGGCGUUGUUCCUCUUGUUGUUAUACUGGUGCGGGACUUAUCGAUUUUCCGUGCUUAAAAAGCUUGGUUUGCCUGGUCCAAAACCAUGGCCGUUCUUGGGAAACGUCCUCGAGUUGAUUACAUUCGGCGGCCUUCACGCCAUGUUGUACGAAAACAUGAAGAGAUAUGGCAAGAUCUAUGCCGUUUGCUUGGGUCGAUUGCCCACUAUUGUCAUCACUGAGCCAGAAGUCUUGAAAAAGAUCUUAGUGAAAGAAUUCUCGAGCUUUAGGAACCGUUCCGAUGCGGUGAAACCACCUCCGCCGCUAAACUGCGGCCUGUUGGCGGCCAAAAAUGAACAAUGGAAGCGAAUUCGCAGCAUCUUGUCGCCUUCGUACACUUCUGGUAAGAUGAAACAGAUGAUUCCACUCAUGGAGGAUGCAGUGAAUGUGUUAAUGAGGAAAUUAGAAGACGUCGCUGACACAGAGCGGAGUGUGGACAUGUUGGAUCUAUUCAGCCAGAUGACCCUUGACGUGAUUUUGUCAACUGCGUUUGGACUCAAAACGAAUAUUCAAACAGAUCCUCACAGUCCCGUCACUAAAGAGGCCGAACGGUUAUUCCAGAGGGUCUGGCUCUCGCCUUAUCUCCAGAUAUUCCCCUGUAGUGCUUUCAUCCGUAGAACAAUAGCAUACUUUCGGCAAGGUGUUGCAUUCUUUGUGCGCGCUGCUACAGAGAUUGUGGAAGAGCGGAGGAAACAUGAGAGCAAGGGAAGGAACGAUCUACUUCAGCUUAUCUUAGCGGCUCACGAAGAACCUGCAGUUCAAGGGAUCAGUAAGCUCUCUGACGACGAGCUCAAAGCGCAGUUGAUUACGUUUCUGUUGGCGGGUUUUCAGACCUCCAGUAGCACGCUUGCGUUCACUGCUUAUCAUCUUGCCAUGGACGCGGAUGUACAAGAAAGAUUGCGUUGUGAAGUGGAGAUCGCUGUACAGACAUAUCACGAGCUGCCUUUGUAUGAUCUGGUGCACGAAAUUGAGUAUCUCGACUGCAUCAUGAACGAAUCGAUGCGAUUGUGUCCUCCUUUUCAUUUGUUUAAUCGUAAUUGCGAAGAAACGUGCGAAAUAACCCCGGAGCUCACGAUACCCGCCGGAAUGGAGGUUACCGUACCGAUUUACGCGCUUCACCAUGACCCCGAGGCCUGGCCCGACCCGGAGGUUUAUGACCCGGAGAGGUUCCGGGGCCCCGCAAAAGACACUCGACACCCCUUCCAGUUCCUACCGUUUGGUGCCGGGCCAAGGAACUGCAUCGGCAUGAAAUACGCCAUGAUGGAAAUCAAGGUCGCCUUGGUCAGAAUAUUGAGGAAGUUUAAGUUUGUUCGAUCACCCGAGACUCAAGUGCCGUUAGUUUUACAGUCAGGAAUAACCCUUCGCCCCAGAGACGGGAUAUAUUUAAGAGUUAAGCGAGUCAAGAGCCUAAUGUGAAGGACACCUUCUUAAGAUGUGAUAUCAUUUAGCCUGCGUAUAGCAGACGGUUCUUUUCCAUUUUCCAGGCGGAGAGAUCGAGCAACCGACCGAGAAGACGAGUACGCCUGAGCUGGGCUGAGCAAAGUGGGAGGGGUUUUUUUGGCCGACUGAAUAACGACCUCUCGCGGGAAAACAAUCAAAUUGUCAGUGGUAUGAGGCAAAGUGAAAAGCAGCCCUGCGAGGGGAAACUCCUUGUCAUAAAAGAUGCUCCUAUUAAGCUGGCAUCCAAGCUAGCUAUAACUAAGACUUUAGUGGCAGAGGUACGAAUUCACGACCCAUGGCUUCGUAGCUAAGUUAAGCUAAUACAGUUGAAGAAUCCCGUUAAUCCGGUCACCAACGGGCUACAAAAAUCUGGCCUUAUUAACCAGGCGGUUCUUUAAAUAAGACAAUUACUGACUGAGCUUUUGUUCCGGCCAGAAUAAAGCGGCCGUAAUAACGAGGUGGCCGAAUGAACGGAAUUGCCGUAUAAAGGCGAGCUACCAUUGCAUUGCAUUUCAUGAGCCGAGAGAGAAACAACACUGAACAUGUUUCCAAUUUUACGCCGAAGAUUAUUUUCUGCCCUUGUCAGAAAUAACAAAGUCUAAGAAAGUUAAAUCUUGAAAACCCCUGUUAGCUUUAUUAGACUUUCAGAUAUGGAAACGAAGGUCAAACUUUUCGACCUCAGCUCUAGAUGACUUGACGAAGACCCAUCGAGUCAUGAUCUAGGUAUCCGUGAAGCAUACUGGCUUUGUUCAACAACAUAAAAGAUAUUUGUAAUUCUCUGUUUAUUGGGUAAACACCCUACCACAUUUGGGGUAAGUAGCCUCUGAUAACCAGAAGAUAGGGCAGAAGAACGUGACAGUUCUGCAACUCGGCUUUUAACCAAUGGACAUUUCUAAAUAUCUACAUUUUUAACUCAAGAGAAAACAGAAACUGCAUUCUGUAGUUUGACUUUCAAUGGCUGCCUCCAUAAUCCAUUGUUCGGAGAGGAUUUACCGUUUUUCAGUCAUUCUUCGUUUAACCAUAUUUUAAGAUUUUGAUACUUUUUCUAAAGCCAACACUGGUAUUUUACCAAACAACGUAUUUGAAGUUUCUGGCUCUCACUCCGAUUUUAUUGAAAUCGAACUUUGUAGUUUUCGAAUUUUGCUUGAUUACAUUGAUGAUUACAUCCUCGUCAUUAACGAGUGCAGAAUAAACUACUGUUGAACCAA